UUCAUCAUCUUCUUGCUCGCCCCUCCUCACUCCUUAUUCCUCUGCAACUGGCAACCGCUGGGCUCCCCCUCCUCUCUUUUCUACUUCUGUCCCUUUUGCCAGAGGAGGGAUUUCUGUAUUUCAUCAGGGAUUGUAGAAGACAUGUCUCUCUGGGAAUGAUGAUGUUGCCACUGGUGCCGCCCUCUCUGUCGCAAUGACGAUGCCGUUUAGCCCCCUGUCCAGCGACGAGGAGCAACAAAGGAUGCUGGGAAACAAUCGACAUCUCUAUCCAGGGGCAGAGGAGGAGGAAGAAGAGGAGGAAGAGGAGGAGGAAGAAAUGGAAGAAGAUGAGCGUGAUGAGGACCAGGAGGAGGAGGAAAAUGGCGAGCUGGAGGGAGAAGAGGAGGAGGACGAGGAGGAAAUGGUGGAGGAGGUCAGGCGGGGUGGCCUGUCGCGGGGGGGCAGGGGUGAGGGACACAGGCAGUCAGGUAAACUGGCCGGACGACCCGCCGGGGACAGACAGAUCCGGCCAGGCAACCCUGGACACACCGCAAACCCCUAUUCUUCCAAUCCUGGACCCACGCACCAACAGCCAGCCAAUCACAUACAGCAGCAGCAGCAGAGGAGGCUGAAGGAGCGCAGCACCGGCUCCGUGCCAUCUGAGGACACCCACAUUGCCAUGAUGGUGUUUCGCAUCGGCAUCCCAGACAUAAAGCAAACGAAAUGUUUGCGGUUUAACCCAGAUGCCACGGUGUGGAAGGCCAAGCAGCAGGUGCUGUGCUCCUUGACCGAAUCUCUGCGGGACGUCCUGAACUAUGGUCUGUUCCAGCCCGCCACGGACGGCCAUGAUGCCAAGUUCCUGGAGGAGGAGAGGCUGCUCAAAGAAUACCCACAGUCCUUUGAGAAAGGGGUACCAUAUUUAGAGUUUCGAUACAAGACCAGGGUGUACAAACAGACCAAUCUGGAUGAGAAGCAACUGGCCAAACUGCACACUAAGGCUAGCCUCAAGAAAUUCAUGGAUUAUAUCCAAACCAAUGCUGUGGACAAGAUGUCCAAGUUCUUAGACAAAGGCCUCGAUCCAAACUACCAGGACCCUGACACUGGCGAGACUGCUCUGUCCCUGGCGGUGCAGUGUGAGCCGGGUGGAGGUGAAGCCAUCCGGGUCCUGGUGGAGGGAGGGGCUCACAUCGACUUCCGCGCCAAAGAUGGACUCACACCGUUACACAAAGCUGUGCGAGGCCACCGCCAUACAGCCCUGCUGGUUCUGCUGACUCUGGGUGCGUCUCCGGACUAUAAAGACCGGCGAGGGCUGACGCCGCUCUAUCACACUGUGCUGACAGGGGGGGACACCUCCUGCUGCGAAACACUGCUUUACCACCACGCCAAACUGGGCAUCAGGGAUGAGAACGGCUGGGACGAGACACAUCAGGCCUGUCAGCAUGGUAAUGCGCAGCAUCUGGAACACCUCCUCUUCUAUGGGGCGGAUUCUUCCUCCCAGAAUGCCUCUGGAAACACUGCCUUGCACAUCUGUGCUUUAUACAACAAGGAAAGCUGUUCACGAAUUCUGCUCUACCGGGGAGCAAAUAAAGACAUGAAGAACAACAGUGGGCAGACCCCCUUUCAGGUGGCGGUUAUGUCCGGCCAUUUUGAGCUGGGAGAAAUUAUCAAAAACCACCGGGAUACAGAUGUGGUUCCUUUUGUGGAGUCUCCAAAAUACGCCCCCCAGAGACGGGAGAGCACGCGGACUCUGACAAUUCCCCAUCCCCAUCCCUUCCUCCGGGCCAACAGUGACAGCAGCAUGAACCUGCCAGACUGGAUGGCGGUGCCUAACGCUCCAGGGACCAACAUCGUGUCUGUGCAGGGCUACAAACAUACAGGAACCCUGAGGAGCUCAAGCAGUCCCAGAGGAGCGAGGACACGUUCCCCGUCUCGAGGACGGAUAGGAGACAAGGAAGACCGGAGCCGGCAGAGUAGGAGGCAGGGGCCUGCUCCUGCCAGUGCAGCUGGACAAACCGCAGGCCAGCGGAGACGCCUCUACAGUGCCGUCCCAGGACGAGUCUUUGUAGCUACUCGAUCACACUCUGCCCAGGGAGAGCGAGAAAUCAGCUUCAAUAAGGGAGACAGGGUCAAAGUACUGAGUGUUGGCGAGGGCGGGUACUGGGAGGGUACGGUCAGGGGUCGCACAGGCUGGUUUCCCUCUGACUGUGUGGAGGAAGUGAUGCUUCGAAGCCAAGACAACCGAUCAGAGAGCCGUGGAGAACGAGCCAAAAGGUUGUUCCGCCAUUACACUGUUGGAUCCUAUGACAGCUUUGACGCUCCCAGUGACUAUAUAAUCAAAGAGAAGACGGUGCUUCUACAGAAAAAAGACAGCGAGGGUUUUGGCUUUGUGCUGAGAGGGGCCAAAGCUCAGACUCCUAUCGAGGAGUUCACCCCCACCCCGGCCUUUCCAGCCCUGCAGUACCUGGAGUCAGUGGACGAGGGAGGCGUCGCCUGGAGAGCCGGUCUCAGGAUGGGGGAUUUCCUGAUAGAGGUCAAUGGUCAGAAUGUAGUGAAGGUUGGUCACCGACAGGUCGUCAACAUGAUCCGGCAAGGUGGUAACAGCCUCAUGGUCAAGGUUGUUAUGGUAACCCGCAACCCCGACAUGGAGGAGGGUUCGAGGAAGAAAAUCCCCCAGCAGAGUAAGAGGCUGAGCACUCCGGCAAUCGCCCUACGAUCCAAAUCCAUGACUUCAGAACUGGAGGAGAUGGUGGAGAGAGCUGCUACCCCUUGGAAAAAAAAAUCAGAAUUCGAAUCCUCACAAGUUACAGAGAAGAAGAGGACAGUCUAUCAGAUGGCUUUGAAUAAACUAGAUGAAAUUCUUGCAGCAGCUCAGCAGACAAUCAGCACCAAUGAGGCACCGGGGACACGGGGACAGGGGCCAAAAAGAGACAGGGGGCGAAGUUUCUAUGGCAAUGAGCCAAACUACGGGGAUCAGUCCGGGAUGGGGAUGAUGUCGUCAGGGUUGGGCAUCGGCUUUGAACGUGGCCAGUACACCUCAGGUCAUGGCCCACCGCACGGUAUGCUGCGGCAGAAAUCCAUCGGGGUGCCUGAAGAGGAGAGGCAGUAUCUGCAUCCUCCAGCCAUGAAGUUUGCUCGCAGUCUGUCGGUGCCCGGCCCAGACGACAUCCCUCCCCCUCCCACCACAGCGCCACCAGACCCUCCAUUCUCUUCUGCUCCACCACUAGGUUGGAGAGCAAAGUCAUCCCAGCAGCCCUCUGUCUCCGUGUCCCAGUCCACAUCCACCUCUGCACACUACCAGCCCUACUCCCAGUCAGUGCACUUCACCCAUGGCGGCAGGGAAAGGGCGGGUGGUGCCAGCACAGGCCCCAGUGGUGGAGCGGUGGACCACACAACUUCAUAUGCACAUGCAACUGCCCAUACUGCUCAAAGCAGGACUGCUUCGCGGAAGGUUGCCUAUUCUGGGGAGCCUGUUGGAGCUGGUUUAGGAGCUGGUGGAGGGGCCAAGGCAGCAGGUCUUAGGAGAGGUUACAGCACCGCUGUCCCCCCAUCCAGCAUCGCCACUGUAAUGCCCCAGCAACAACAGACUACCCAGAGUCAACCCCAGCGAGCAGACCGUAGUGCAGCUGGGGGUGGAGCAGGCGGUCCGAAAGGAGGAGCCCGGAGAGGUAAGGGCCCCCUUGUAAAACAAUCCAAAGUAGAGGACCUGCGCAUGGCCCAGGGUACACUGGGGGACAAAGGCUCGAUCGAGAAAAGCUCCAUCCCCAUCCCCACCAUUAUUGUCAAGGCCCCUUCAACCAGCAGCAGUGGACGCAGCAGCCAGGGCAGCAGUGUGGAGGCAGACGUUCCUGCAUCAGGGGAGACAGAUGAAGCCAAAACACCCCAUGGUCCUCCUCCCUCCACUCCUGCUCCACAGCCGCCCGCCCCACCUUCCAUCCCAGCACCGCCGCCUCCGUCCUUGCCCUCUAUGCGAGCCCAGGAAAAUCUGGACUUUACCAGCCAGUUUGGGGCUGCCAUUGUUGGCGCAGCUCGCCGAGACAGGGAACGGUUUCAUGAAGCCCGCAGAAAGAGUGCCUCCUUGUUCAUGUCUGCUGAGGAGGAUGUGAGUCUUGGGGGAAUGAGUGAUGGAUUAACAAGGACUCAAGUGUCACAACAACAGCUUAGCACACAGGCUGAAAGUUCACGGCUGCGCCCGUCCAAGUCUAUUGAUGAGGGCAUGUUCUCUGGGGACACCUUUAUCCAUCACACCCGCAGCAUGCCUCCAGCCUUUGGCCUACCUGAGUACUCGUCACCUGCCCUGGACUAUCAGCCUAAAUCUGUGCCUACUGACUUGUACACAGCAGCAGGCAGACAGUCAGCACCGUCCAGUACCACCACCUUCAUUCACCCUCUAACAGGAAAGGCUCUUGACCCCACAUCGCCACUAGGCCUUGCCCUGGCAGCCAGAGAGCGUGCACUGAGAGAUGACAGCAGGUUAAGGAGGGACACAGGGCACCACUUUACCCGCCAGAUGUCGAGUGUGGUGUUUCCUUCGUCUACUGUCACCUCUCAGCCGGUGUCAUCUGCUGCCCAGUCCUCAAGCUCUUACCUGGUCACAUCGUCUUCUCUGGCUGCUACCACGGCCAGUGUCGGCCGCCCACCCUCACCCAGAAUCCUCAGAGGAGUUGGGAGUGUGUGGAGCGAAGAAGCUAGUGGAGGAGAGAGGGAGCGGGAAGGAGGAGGGGCUCGUGAAGGGCUUAGAGUUCGCUUCUCUGAGGACAAAACGGUCCACACGCACCACUACCAGUCUCAGCCGUAUCAGCCAACAUUCAAGGAGAGGGAGCGGGAGAGGUCGAGGGAACGGGAAAGGGAGCUGUCGAGAGAAAGAGAGAGGGACAAAGAGAGAGAGAAUUACAUGAGAAGGGCAGAGCAGGCAGCUGCCAAUGCAGCAGCUGCUGAAAGCUCUGCUCAACAGGCAUCCCAGUCUCAGCCACCUAGGAGGCCCUCUUUUCUCAGGAUGGAAAGUCAAGCUGAUGCGUAUAUCUUGUCCCUCACCCCUCCCUCUCCUCCACCUACCGGUACCCAGCAGACAGCAAGUACUACUGGGAGCACUGGGAGUGGCCUGAUGGUUCUUCCUCCCCCUGCCCCCUCAGUUGAUGCUGACGAUGAGUUUGUCUAUGCGGAUCCUCUCCCACCUCCAUUACAGUUUGCUAACAGCUUCGACAGGGGAAAUGGGGGACUAUCAGGGUACUCACAACACGGGAUGCGCCCCAACAGCCUGACCUCCCGCCAACAGCAGGUCCCACCCCCUCCACCUCCACCGCCUCCUCCACCACCACCUCCUCCACCUCCCCAAAAAGAAACAUUUGGAAGUGGGUUUCCUGCUCAUACACCCCUGCCCUCACCUCAGGCAGGGGACUCCACCGCCUCCAGCCUCACAUCUUAUGACAGUGAGGUGGCGAACCUGACUCAAUCUGCUCCCUCUCCCUCUCAAACGUCACCCAACCCCCCGCCCCCUCACUCGCCGUCCACCCUGCAGCCCACCUCAACAGCGGGACCUCCGCCUCCCCCUUCAGUUUCACCACCGCCUCCCCCUGGAUCCUAUCACAGACCCUUCUCUAUGUCCCACCCCCACCACCUUUACAACAGCUCUCAUACAUCUGGGCGAUCUUCCCCCACGCCUCCCCCGCACACAGUCGCACCGCCCCCAGCCUAUCGUGGACCCCCAGUGCCCUCUUCCACUGCUGCCACCUCUGCUCCACUUCGGGGCCCUGCCUCACAUGCCACGACCGCUAGCUGUGCCGCUACAACCACCGCUGCUGCCACCACAACAAGCACCUCCACUCAGCUCUACCACGAGCGCACACACGCCACACAUACGACAUCCUCCACCGCCAUCACGGGCAGUCGCAGGACAGGAGAGCACCACCGCCCUCCCCCCGCUACCAAGAAAGGAGAGUCCCAGGAAACGGUGGUGGACUCUGGGAUUGAAGAGCUGGACAGCCGCAGCAGCAGUGACCACCACCUGGACAGCAUCCUGGCCAGUGUCAGGGCGGACCGGCUGGAGCGAGUGGAGCGAGGAGGGCGGAUGGGAGGGGGAGGCGGGGCAGGGGAUUCAGAAAGGGGAGCAGAUUUUCUGGAGUCUUACAUGAGCUACCUGGACGGACAAACUUUUGAGAUGCAGAAUGCAACAGCAGCAGCCUCCACCUACCCAAAAACCAACAGGUUCAGAGAGGGUGGUCGCACAAAUGACCUACACAGACAGACCAGCACCGCGCCUGCAUCCUUUCACUCCCACAGACGACGGGAGGAGCAUGAAGAGGACGAAGAGGGAGUAGAUGAAAGUGGCCGGGAUGGGUAUGGGGUGAGGGACAUGCAGAAUUUGGAACGUCCCAUUUCACCGUACUUUGAGCGCCCUCGCACUCCUGAGAUGAAGCCUCUCUGGGGCGAGGGGCAGAUGGCCGGUGAUCAGUCCGGGUCACUUUUAGAGGGGAAGAAGAUUUACCCUCCUGCAUCCAGUAUGAAGCCCAGCAUCAUAAAUGAGCUGAGCAGUAAACUGCAGCAAAGAACAAAGGACAGCUGGAGCAGCCAGAGACCAAUGAGCAGACACAGAUUUUCAGAAGACUCAGCCUCAGCUCUCAGCCCCCCCUCAGCUCGAUCCCAGUCACCAUCUCCGAUUUCAUUAUCACAACCAUCGUUAUCCCCGUCCCCUACCCCUGCCUCUCAGUACCCUAACUGGGGACGAUCCCCCUCUCCUCAACCUCCCGCUGCCUCCCAGCCUCCACGUUCCCAUUCCCCGCUGUCACCGACAACUUAUUCCCCUUACCCCACUUCCCCCAAACACAGACCUGUAUACCGGACCAAAGCCCUAGAAUUCCAGUUCAUCCCCAGUCGAGAGUCCCGUAAAGCAGAAUCACACAUGUUGCAGCGUAGGCGAGCACCCAGCCCCCUCAUCUCCCCGUCAGAAAGGCCCAAGCUGGGUCCACCACGGCCAUCGUCCCUUCCGCUCCUCCCCACCACACCUCUAUACAGUGCCAUGUACGACCUCCAAGGUUCAAUCACACCGCCAUCACCUGGGAACCCUCUUGGAGAUCCUUACUUCUCGCCCUCUCCUCCACUGUUUGCCCCAUCUGGUGCCCCUCCUCCUCCAAACUCCACUUUAGUUGUCUCUCGAUCCCUGUCUCCAACUCACUUCCUUUCCGGGACCUCUUCUCCGCCCCUGCACCCUCUCCCUCCACCUACAUGCCUGAGUUACCCCCAUCUACCGCCCCCUUCCCCUACAAAGCCUUUUGCCUCCAAGCCGCUGCCCUACUGGACCAAGUAUGAUGUUGCAGACUGGCUAGGAUACCUCAACCUGGGUGAGCACAGAGAGCGCUUCCUGGACAACGAGAUUGACGGCACUCACCUGCCCUCCCUAACCAAGGACGACUACUUGGAUCUGGGUGUGACACGUGUAGGCCACCGCAUGAACAUUGAAAGGGCCCUGAGGACCGUAAUGGACAGGCUGUCCAGCAGCCCAUUUCCCAUUUCUGUUCUCUCACCUCGGGAAGGACAGACUGAAAGGAGGAGGGACGACGGGAGUCGGAGCUGAGGUUGCAAACAUGGAGGCAGAAAGAGAAAGAAAGAAGGAGGGGUUGGAGUCAAUGAGGGAGGAAGACACAACUGCUGCUAUCCAUGGUGGAUUCACACAACAAAUGAGGGGGGAACAGAUUUCAAACAGAGAGCGACAGAAAGGGGGAGUCGAGUCCCAAAGGGAGAUGGAAACACAGGGAUGGAAAAAGGGCUGAUGAUCCAUAAAGACACCGGCUGGCGCUCCCCAGUUGUGGCAGGCUGAUUUACACAAGUACACUCCCCACAUGUAUGCACGGUCACACCAAUCAACAAACAAAUAACACAAACACACACUUUCAUCUAACACGCAUAUGAAGACACUAUGGCUGCAGCAGAUCUUACAUGUACCAAACCAAAUACUUGAGAGGAACAAUCAAAAGCCAGUUCGAUUAAAAAAACAAACAAAAUUGAGCAGGCUGUGUUGUUGGCGCACAAGAGGAGAAGAUAAAGGUGUCGUUCAUCGUGCAUCCAUCUUGUUGAAUAGUCCUCUUUUCCCUCCGUCGGCUGGUUAAAUCUGUUCAGGUUUAAGUGAGGAACCCACCAAGAGUAUUUUGAGUGCAAUCAAUGACAACCCCUCCCUGUGUGAGUGGAUGCUAGAUUUAAAAUGUGUCUGAAUAUCAUUGAGGGUGAAUGGGGGUGAAUGUCUGCAGGAGUGAGGCUUUGUCUGUCUGCAUGGUGAACGCAGGAUGAGCAGGGCAGUAUAUCAUGACAGCUUUUAGAGGUGACGAAGGCGCAGGCGGAUAACUUGCGUCCUCUGCUCAAACUAAGGAGGCUGACUGUGUUCGGCUCUGAUUGGUUCCGUCUUGUUUAUACCUCACCGCUGGUAGGGCUCUGUCCUCACUGCAGAUCCUGUGAUUGGGAUCUUAUGUGUUUCUCCACAGCUCUUUAUCAUCUUAAGUCUUAUAAUGACUUAUAUACAGACUGGUCACUGUAUCACAAAUUUGUAGCAAAAAUAAGUGCCCAGACCAACAAAAUAAUACAAAAAAAAAUGAAUCACACCGAUACACACACAGGCACCUGAGUUAUUACUAUACAUGCCUGCAUGCAUACACCAACAUGUAGACACACACAUACACACACAAGCAUUUGCAAGUGAUUGUGUUAGAGUUUAUGGGACACCUUAUAUAUAGACACACUAUAUGUUUGGAUCCAAGAUAUACUUAUACAAAAGGAGACAGACUGUGCUUUCAACUGUUAGAGGGGAUACGUGACAAUGUGAAGAGAAAUCCCCCCCGAGGAUUUGAUUUACAGAGAAAGACUUCCUCAGCGUUGAGGCAACUGUUGUACAACCAUUCAGACCUUCCGUCCGAGGGAGACUGGAAAGGAGAGGGGAGGGGAAGAGGAAAAACUGCCAUUUUCUUGCUCUUUCCCACCCAAUCCCCCCUGCUCCUUCCAGGAGUGGCCCCCUCUCUCUCGACAAAAUCCAGGAGGAAACAAGCAGCCACCCGGCCGAGGGGAUCUGAGAGAAACGCUUAUAUCGAGUUUUAAUACUAUGAUUGUUCUUACAAUUUUUAAACUUUAAAUGGGAAUACUGGAAUACUGAUAUUGAUAUGAAGAGAUUUAUUGUUACUAUUUAUCAUUACUUUCAUCGUCCUUACUGUUAUUAUAGCUUCAGAGAGUUCCUGCUUUGGCGCUCUUGUGCAGUCAGUGUAUUUUCUGACUGUGUGAUGAAGAUAAUCGUGUUGGUUAUAUAUAUAAAUAAAUAUAUGUGUAUAUAUAGGUAUUUUUGAAUUGAAAGAUGCAUACUAUUUCGUGCACGGUACCCUUAACAUUGCUUCUAUGUGACAAGAAGCAUUGCAACUUAAUGUGAAGCACAUUUCAGAAACACUUCCUUUCUACUUGCUGUUUUCCUUUUGUCAGACUGUGAAGCUUUAAUCAAAAUGACAUGUUGACCUUUACAAAAUAUGAUUUCCUCACUCUUUUUAAAAGUAAGUUGCCACUUAUUAAUAUGCAGAUACCGAAAGUGUAGCAACUGUUACUCUGGGGAUGCCCACAAUAUACAUAAGUGAAAAUUAUGUAUCACUUUAUUUAAUUUUAAAUGUAUUGUUUAAAUUCUGGAUAACAGCCACACCGUUUGAUUGAUUAAAUCACAAAUUAAAUUUGUUUUCUCUCCAUGUAUUGAUGCCAUAUUGCACUGAUGUCAGUUUAUUUCUCCAUCAGCUUCCACUGCACAUUUACAUCUCAUCAUAACCUCAGUCCUGCUUUUCUCACUGUUGCUGAGAUCAAAUAUAAGGGCUCUCUCAUGACCUCUCUACCUUGAACAACACUUCACCUCUCCUGCUGCUUUUGAGUCCUCGAACACAUAUCAAACGUACGUUUUUACAUCGGGGCGUAGACGAGAGUUUACUCUCCUCACGGCCCUGCUAUCCUCAGUCUGUUUUUGCAAAAAGAUUUUUCAUAGAUCAUGUCGCUCAAAGUGCACACAGGCAUGUGAAUGAGCAAAGGUCAUAAAGUUGGAUUUGUCUCUGUAAUUGCUUUGUGCUGGUGGUCAAAGAGAGAUUAUAUUUGAAUGCAAGAGAAAUAGCAAUAAGGACGAUGAAAACAAUGGUCAUCUAAUUAUGGUUUAAGAUGUAAAAAAAAAAGUCUCAAAAGUUCUAAAGAAUCUCUGUCUUCCAAAUGUUUAACAUGAAAAGGUACAAUGUAUGUAUUUAACUGUUCUGCUUUCUAUACAGUUGGACCCGUUCUCUACAUCUGCCCCCUUCCACUGUUAAUGACCUGACAGUAUUAAAAGCUCCAGUCUGUUCUCUCUCAUCAUCUGCAUCUCCUCAUUUGUACAAAGCACCUUCUGCAGUCGCUGACGUGCCAGUAUGCGCACAGCUCAUUGUUUAUUACCAGCAUAUUAUGCAAUGACCCUAUUUCCAUUAGCAACUGUGGCUUUUUACAGAUCCUUUAAAGGUUUUGAAGUAAUUUUCAGCCAGAAAAGGGCAUGUUUCUGAAAGGGUGAACGAGCAGAAUGUGGCUUCAUGUCCAAACUCAUUUCACAGCCAGAUUUGACUUGUUUCUAUCAGGUCUCUAAACGUUUGCUAGUGUAAAUAGGGCCGAUUAUAAACUUUGGAUAAGACAUCUCUUACUGAUACAAUGUUCUUGUUAAGUGACUGGUGAGAAAAAGUUUUUGGGAAAAUUGUUUUAAAUCCUUUCUUUGCGUUUAGUAGUUAAACUGAAGAUCUGGUGGCUCACUGUUGCUGUCAGGAGAAAAGGCAAAAUCAGAGGGAAUUGGUCCAACUCUAUAGAAAGCAUUUCUUUUCCUUUUAAGAGAUCUUUUAAAAAAUGAGAAUAUGAACUGAUGAAAGUUAACUUACAGAAUAUAUAUGUAUAUGUUAUAUGCAUAUACACACAUUCAUAUAAACAUAUGAAUUUCAAAUGUUUUAAGAGAUAAUAAAUUGUUAGAAUUAUAAUAAAGAUACAGAAACAAAGUU